CAGGUUUGGGUCGUCCGGUUCAUGACAGCGUACUACAGAUUCGCGGGGAGGCUAGCUAUCGUACUGUAGGUUCUCGGAGUCUGAGGGCGUCUCUGAAAGGAUUUGCCCUGUGUAAUUGAUCGUAGAGGAUAUGGCGCAUUUAAACAGAAGGACUAUUUUGAGACUGCUGCGUUUUGACUGGAUUGCUAGCCAGCUAACUAGCUUUAGCUAAAUGCAUUGCAUUUGCUUCUAGCUAACUUGAGAUAGCAAACGUUACGUCGUGUUGCUAUCGAAACAUAUAGCCUGCAAGAAGUUGUGGAUUUAACGCUACGUUAGUUAGCUAACCAUGCAAUUAUUGCAUGCCAGAGACAAUCAGGAGUGGCUUGCUUAGAUAUACUGUCUCAUGUUUUGCUACAACGUUUGCCCUCUAACCGAUUUGGCAACACUCGCUAGGCCAAGUGUUAUCAAUUUGUGUAUUUUAAUUUGCUCGUGGUAAACGCUAGCCUCUAGGUAACUACCAACAACUUGGUUGUUAAAUGUCGGAGAAGAGUUCGAACUCGUCGGGCUCAGAUGAAGAUGUGGAUCCCGAAUCUGGGCAGCCUGUUGAACUUGGUGGCGUUCUAAGCAAGUGGACCAACUACAUUCACGGAUGGCAGGACCGGUGGGUAGUGUUGAAGAACAACACUCUGAGCUACUAUAAGUCAGAGGAUGAGCGGGAGUACGGCUGCAGGGGCUCUCUGUGUCUCAGCAAAGCUAUCAUCACUCCCCACGAAUUUGACGAGUGUCGUUUUGACAUUAGUGUGAACGACAGUGUGUGGUACCUACGGGCAGAGGACCCAGAGCACCGGCACCAAUGGAUUGACUCCAUCGAACUACACAAGGCGGAGUCGGGGUAUGGUUCAGAGUCCAGUCUGAGGCAUCAUGGCUCCAUGCUGUCUCUCACCUCUGCUGCCAGUGGCUUCUCUGCCACCUCCACUUCCUCCUUCAAGGGCCACAGCCUGCCGGAGAAGCUGGCGGAGAUGGAGACGUUCAGAGACAUCCUCUGCAGACAGGUGGACACGCUGCAGAAGUACUUUGAUGGUUGCGCAGAUGGCAUCUCCAAGGACGAGUUCCAGAGAGACAGAGUGGUGGAGGAGGAUGAAGACGACUUUCCCUCGAGCACACGGCCCGAUGGCGACUGCCUUUACAACAACAACGGCAGCAAAGAGAAGCUGUUUCCCCCUGCUAAUCCUAAGGGCAUGAAUGGGAUCGACUUUAAGGGCGAGGCCAUCACGUUUAAGGCCACUACAGCUGGGAUCCUGUCCACCCUUUCCCACUGCAUCGAACUCAUGGUGAAGAGAGAGGACAGCUGGCAGAAGAGACUUGACAAGGAGCUGGAGAAGAGGAGAAGGGUGGAGGAUGCCUACAAGUCGGCCUUGAGUGAACUGAAGAAGAAAUCUCACUAUGGAGGCCCCGACUACGAGGAGGGUCCUAAUAGCCUCAUAAAUGAGGAUGAGUUCUUUGAUGCGGUGGAAGCUGCCCUGGACAGACAAGACAAGAUAGAGGAGCAGUGUCAGUCAGACAAGGUGAGGAAACCCAGACUGACCCCAGUCCCUCCUGGAGACACAUACUCCACCAUCGGAACCCACCGCUUCGCCGAACAGCCCUAUAGCUACUUUUCCCUGUUCUCCGUUGCACUAGUCAGUGCCUCAGAUGUUCACAGAUUCAGCGUGCAGGUGGAGGAGGUGGUCCAGAAUCACAUGACUUACUCCCUGCAGGACAUGGGUGGAGACGCCAACUGGCAGCUGGUGGUGGAGGAGGGUGAGAUGAAGGUGUACAGGAGAGAGGUGGAGGAGAAUGGCAUCGUCCUGGACCCUCUGAAGGCCACCCAUGCAGUGAAGGGUGUGACAGGACACGAGUUAUGCCACUACUUCUGGGACACGGACGUACGCAACGACUGGGAAACCACCAUUGAAAACUUCAACGUGGUGGAGACGCUCUCAGACAAUGCUGUUAUAGUCUACCAGACACACAAGAGAGUAUGGCCCGCCUCUCAGAGGGACGUUCUCUACCUAUCAGCUAUCAGGAAGAUCCUGGCGACCAAUGAGAGUGACCCAGACACGUGGCUGGUCUGCAACUUCUCUGUGGAUCAUGACAACGCCCAGCCCACCAACCGGUGUGUCCGUGCGAAAAUCAAUGUGGCCAUGAUCUGCCAGACCCUUGUGAGCCCUCCAGAGGGCAACAAAGAGAUCAGCAGGGACAACAUCCUCUGUAAGAUCACCUACGUGGCCAACGUGAAUCCUGGAGGCUGGGCCCCUGCCUCAGUCCUCAGAGCUGUGGCCAAGAGGGAGUACCCCAAGUUCCUCAAACGCUUCACCGGCUACGUCCAGGAGAAGACCAGUGGGAAACCUAUCCUCUUUUAAACCUCUACAGGCGGAACACAUUUUGUCCUGAAGAGACAUGGCUACAUUUCCGAUCAUUCAAGGGGCUCCCACAGACUACAUUACCCAUAUUAAUCCGUCAACCAGAAUGUCUCCAAACUAUAUUACCCAUGAUGAAAUAUCUGUAUCAAAUGAGUAGAAACUGGUUUAGGGCUUUAUUCUACCAGUAGUUGCUAGCCACCUGAGACACAAAAACAACCAAACAUUGUCAAACUGGAUAUGUAUUUGUAUAUAAAUUCAAGAAUUUCUAUGGCAAUAUUUUGAAUCAAUUGAACCAACUUUUUGCUUUUUGUAAAUUGUUUUGUACAUUUCGAAUUAUUACAUUUUUGACUAUACUUUGUUUGCAUUAACCACUGAUCGUUUUCAUGCUGCUAAUUUUACUACAAAAAGAAUGCAAGUAGACAGACGGAGAGCAGUGUGUUGAGUCUGGCUAGCCUUUGUCUUGUCCUCCCCUAGUGACGACCUGCCCUGGAGUCUAAUGGGGGGAAGGAGUCUAAAGCUUUGUACACAAUUUCUAUAUCUGUAGAUCAUUAUACAGUAGCUGUAAAGGAACACUAUGGAUGUGAUGUAUUGUACGGAGACAUUAGUUUACCAGUGUAUGUAAUGUAAAGGAUGUUGGCAAACGAAUUGGAAGAACUACAUAACUAGUCUGUUUUCAAAGGAAGGUGAUCUUUAUGAUAACAAACUGAAUGUAUGGUAUAGAUGGAUAAGAUUGAAGUCAUUUGUUGAAUGUGACCCAUAAACACUAAGGUAUCAAUAGUUGGUAUCCACUGUUGACCCCCCCCCACCCCCCACCCCCCCAAUGUGCACGUAACAUGCUGAUGUACAGUCUACCACAGCAUUGGGUGUUCAGAUGGACCUCUUCAUUCGCUUCAAAGGCUUUGAGCAGAUGGGGUGGCCAUUUUUUUCCACAUCCCUCGUUAACCUGUCAUGCCUUAAACACCAAGAUGAGCCCUGAAAGAAGUCUGUUACAGUAUCAUACGACCAGAGACGCUACACUGGGGUCAGCAUUUCACAUGAUUUCUUUGUUUACUUUCAUUUAAAGUUGUGAUUUUGCCAUCGACAAGGCUGUCAGAAUCCUCCACUCAGCUUGAGGUGUCAUAGAAUCCAUGGGGAAACAACAUUGCCAUGACAGUCAGAGGAGUGACAUCAGCUGAAGAAUGCAUUAAGCCUUUAAUUUUGUCUGAGGAAUUGACACGCUUUGUAUAUUUCUGUUGUACGUCUGAAGUGUUAUCAUUUGCUCUAAAUGCAAUUGGGCAAUGUUCUGUAAAUUAAAAUUGUUACACUACAGAAAUGAAGACUUAAAUUUCUACUUAGUCAUUACUCUACAGCAAUGAGCAGCAGUUGUGAGGAUGAAGUGGCAGUGUGCUGGGAAAUGGAGAGCACCUCAAUUCGUUUUUUUUUUUAAACAAAGCAUCGUCUGCAACUGAUAUAUUCAAGAUUUUUUUCGGGAAAGAAACAAGUGGAACCCAUUUUAUUGAUAGGAUUCUUCUAGAUAUAUAGUCUUUACAUUCAGUGAUUAAAAUAUUUAUCUUCAGCAAACUAUAUAUUUAAUAAAUUAUAAUCAUACAAUUCAGAAUUUGUGUCAGAUCUUGUGUUUAAAAUGGAGGAAAACUACUGGUUAGUUA